UUUACUUUAGUGCGAACAGCUCAUAUGAAUUUCAAAGCUGUUCUAACAGUCCAACACUGUCCAUCCCUCUCGUUCUCUCGUCUCUCCACCUCAUCAGUUGUGAAGGGGCAGCUGUAAUGAAGCUUGGGAAAGAUCUGGAAACAAGGUUGUCUUUGCACUAAUAUAACAUGGCGGGGAGGGAGUUUAAGAGACACCGUAUUGAUCAAUUUCCCGAUUUAUGUAAAUACUUUUUUGGCUUUCUCGUCAAAACAAUGGAGGCCCUGUAGUGUGUUUCAAACAGCAAGUCCCUUAAACAAAUGUUGAGGUUUUAUGGCAGUUGGAAAGAACGGUAGCGACUUCUGUCUUUUAUCACGCUCUCGCUUUAUCAGAUUGCAGUUGAAAUGUUUAAAAGCCUGUCUGCCAUCCAUGCUGUGUUCAUUUAUUCUGAGCCUCUCAGUGGCAACUGUCUCUGAAUGUUAAAAAACGCCUGACGGGUAAAAUCAUUUCCACCUUACCUCACAGAAUUACUUUCUCUAGAGUCUAGUUUUUGAAUCGCAAAUAGCUUUUACGUUUCCGGAACAACCCCGCAGUUGAAGAUUUGCCGUUGUACUAAUCCAUCUUAAAGUUUCUGGGCCUUAAUAAACACCACAGAACAAGCUCCACUCACAGCACCACACCUCAUGCUUCAUCCAGGACAGGUGCCCCGUGGGACGGGCCGCCGCUGUAAUGGAUCCCUCUGUCAGUCUGGAGCUUUGUCAACUUCCCAGCCACCGUGGUCCCCUCAGCUUCACUGCAUCAAUCAGAUGCACAGUCUCACUACAUCUACACAACAUUAUUUCUCAUUUUCCACCAACAGGGGGCAGACCGAGUCACUCAUUGUGGGCUUCAUAGGACAUAUUUGUAUAGCCUCUAAAUGCUCACGGCAUACACACCUGCACAGUCAGACGCACCUUUUUAGGACUUCACCACAUUAACACACCUGUUGCCUAUUUGUCUCUGUUACAGAUGAAGGAGGCUGAUGAGUUGUUAUCUGGACUAGUUUGUCCUCCUGCUGCUUCUUAUACAAAAACACUCCAGAAAUGGAUGCAGGGGUCAGUCGUGUGGCAUCAGUAUCACUGUGUAAUGUUAUAUCACAUAUCAGAGAACAGCUGGUGGCCAAGAUCAGAAGGAUGGUGAAGGUGUGUGUAUGUGUGUGGUUGCAGAACCAUAUUAAGAGUGUGACUGACAGUCAGCCACACACACACACAGGCGCCCAUACACCAAUUAAUUUUUCCAUUCUGUCAUCCAGCUCCCUGCCCAGCCCUUUUCCAAUAACACACCUGCAUGAGGCUCGAUGCGGCGGUGUAGUAUAGCCAGAUUAGUUCCAUGCCUCUCUGUUUGUAAAGGUAAUAUAUACAGCAGGCCAGGUUGUGUGUGUGGGUGCGUGUGCAUUUAUGAGUAUGGAUAUCUCCUCCAAAGCAGUUGUUGUGCCCUGCCACCUAGUGGUUCGCUGACUCUUUUAUAUGCAGAGCAGUGAACAGACGGAUACAGUAAGGAUCCAGCCUCCACAGUACAACGUGCCGAGUGUGCUCGUUAAAACCUCCCGCCCGACCUGCUGCCUACCGUUUGUUUCAUUUGCCUUUAUCAUCAGAGUCAUUUCUCACCACGUCCAAGAGGAACCCCUCUAAUCUCUUGCUUCCUCCCCUCCAAGGAAAAGGAAAGAUUACAGCUGUCUACAACGAAGUCCAGAGCAACAUCUAUAGCAGCGUUUUCUGCAGCUCUCUUUUGAUUUGCAGUGCAUAUCCAUCAACCCAUGCUGACUCCCUCACCCUGUCACUUUCUUCUAUGGGUGCUAUCAGCUAAAAAUAAGAACAAUGACAUAUUGGGGCAGUUGUGAAAAUAUGGUUGUCAGUAUGGUCUGACAGUGGGGUUUGGGGGGUUCUGAAAGUGACCGGCAACAUCAGAAGCUACCCUUUAAAAAAUCUGUGUGGAAGCGAACAUGUGAAGUUUUUUCUGCUAAACAGUGAUGUGCACUUUGUCACUGUGUGUGUGAUACAGCAGAGCUCAUCCUCUUACAUCUCUGUAGCACUCACAGAUCCAUGUUCUUUAUCCUGUUGUCUCUAAUGGACAGUGGACGCAGGCUAACAGCUUUGAGAAGCAAUGUUCCCGUCCUGAUGAAAAUGCAGCUAUUUACUUACUGUAGCAGCACUGUGGCAGAAGCCCGUCCACACUGUUUGCAGGGCUGGAACAGCUGUGACUUAUGUAACCGGCACUGUAUUUGACCACGACCACGAGAAGAAAACAGUUUUAACGUGCUUCCAUGCUCCUUUUAUGCUAAAUAAAAUAUACUGCCAGUGGCAUCUGUAAAUCUUUUUGAUGUAACACCAAUAUUUUUUAGAAAAAUCGCUAGAAUCAAAUAUUUAUUUUAUUUCAAAAGAACACAAAAGAAAAGAAGUGUGAGAGCCAAAGCUGCUUAAAUGGAUGCACCUCACUGUUUAGAGUUCAGUCAGCAUAAUUCCUACAAACGCACACAGGGAUACGUGACGUCUGCGCUGUGCUGUGUGUAGAGGCAGCUGUCGUCCAGUAGGAGGCGCCAAUGCAGAACUUUACAUUGAAGUCCCAAUGAUAGUGCAGGUGUAGAACUUACAUGGCUGUGCUUUCAGCAUUCAGUGGUAGUACAGAGGAGUUCAUACGUUUGUUAUGUCGGAGAGCAGUGUUUCAUAAAGAAAUAAAUACAUUCAUCACUGCCUUCACCCAGCACAGAUGGGCUCCGCAGCAGCGGGAGUGACCCUGACCUCUAAUCCAACUCAGUGCAGUUAUAACAUUGAAGGAAGCGUUGGCCUUCACAGUUAGGUGUGUUUUCACAUCUGAUUACUUUGGGGCAGCCUAAUCUCUGUUUACUGUCCUCCAAUCCUCUGUCAUCUCCUACUAAGCUGGAAAAAAGAUCUUCCUCAGCAGUUAAUCCUUCCUACCUUGUCCCUCUAAGCCUAUCAGGGAAGAGUACUGUAUGUCACGCCGUCAGUCAUGAUGAUUAAAUGAGUAUCCUGUCUGCAUGGCGAAUACAAAUGGGGAAAUAAAACAUUUGCUUCAUUUCAUCAGUCUGCACCGUUUUUUUGCAUUACAUCUAUUUUUGAUUGUUUUCUCAUUUCGUCCAUUAUGUGCAUGUAUUUCUCUGGAUUUUUAGUAAGCGUAAUGACACAGUCACUGUUAAUGUUUCAAGGUUUUCACCACAGGAUCCACUAUGCUCCAAGUCCGUACCAGUCAGUGCUGGUCGACUACCUGUACGCACAUGUGGGAGAUCGCCAUAGCGAAAGGUUUAUGGAAACAUAAAUCUAAACCACUUGAGUCAUUUUUGGUACUUUUUGGCAGUGGAUAUAUUGUAGAGAUCAGUUGUGUUCAUGCUGUCCCGCUGUCACCAGUGCAAGCUUGUAGGGGCUCGUAUAUCUUCCAGUGCAAACCACCGUGAGGCAGCUGUUUUUGUGAUUUGGUUCCAUAUAAUUGAAUUGAAUUCAUCUUUACAAGGAAGGAUACGUUUCUAAUUUGUCCCCCAAAACCUUUCUGAAUAUUGGUAGGAACUAUUUUCUCACUUAUUGAUAAAUAAUCCAUCUGAUUAAUAAAUCCAAGUAAGCUUUUAAAUGUUAUAUUUCACAGUGUUUGUCCUUGUAGUUGUCUACACUGCUGUGUAUGAUGCUGGGCUAUCCCUGGGUCUGCCAUGUGCAGUUUGCUUUUUUAUGUGUUUAGUGCAUUGUAAUAAUCUCCUAGAGCUUUGUAAAUCAGCAACGGUGAAUCAGAUUAUCAGCUGGAACAUGUUGAAUUGGAAUAAAUCCAGGCGGAGCAUUUAGAUGAAAUGGCAUUUGCCCCGUUAACCUCAGAGCUCAGCUCGUUUCAGAUGCUCUCGGAGGAAAUCUUUCACAGUAGACAGAGACGGUAUGAGGGUCAACAUUAAGAAAGGUCUGAUGUUCCUGAAGUACGUAGGCUUAAUCCUCCAUCUGAAAAAUGUAGGGCACAUGUAGACCUAUAUCUGUGGUAAUCUGUCGCUGCUGUAAUGCAUCUGCUGUUUAAUGUAAACCAUCACCGGGUGCCUAACCACACACGGAUUCUACCCCUAACAUUUUCUAAACCCUUAAACAGCAAUGAAACCUGUCAGCGUCCACCAGGUGGACAGUCACCUGUUACAGGUUGGGUUUAUAGGCUUAGAGUAAGGUCACAUCUAACCCGUCAGAAGGAAAUUUCACCUAUGUGGCAAAUCCAAAUAGAAAUCUUAUAAGAGAGCAACUUCUAGGGACAGAAUAGCUGUAACUUGAUUUGAAAGGUAACAUAUUCCCAUUUUGAUGCAUGCUCAAUCAUCCGGUCUGGUUUUGCAGUCAGCUUUCUUCCUGUUAAAGGGAGCUUUUCCUUCUUGUGGUCGCCCCGUGCCUACUCAUGGGGAUCAUGUGAUUCUCAGGGUUUUCACUCGUAUGCUAUGGAGUUACUACCUUACAGUCGAAGCGCCUUGAGGCAACUGUUGCAGUGGUUUGCGCUAUGUACAUAUAUCUUCCUGAUGUUGCUGUCAUUCGGAAUGUAGUGAUUCCGAAUGACAGCAACAUCAGGAAGAAGGAACACGAGAAGCUUAAGAAGUACCAAUGCUGGGGUACUUCUGAAGAAGCUGGAGAGGAUGUGGAGGGUGAAAGUAACAGUGGUCCCCGUGGUAAUCGGAGCACUCGGUGCGGUGACUCCCAAGCGAGGCGAGCGGCUCCAGCAGAUCCCGGGAACAACAUCGGAGAUCUCUGUCCAGAAGAGCGCAGUCCUGGGAACAGCUAAGACAGUAAUAACACAGUGGCUUCCUGCUGGGUGUUAAUGAGGAGGCCCUGCAACCAGAGUGGGAGUCCAGGUUGCUUUUGUACUUCAGUGCAUGCGUGCAUUCAUGUUAGUUAGUGUACAUAUUAGUAAAUAUUACUAAAUCUGUCACCCACAAACUUUCCAGCUUUCCAAAGUGUUCCCAUGUAUACAGGAAUGAUCCUGACUCAAACAUGGGACAUGUAAUGAUUUCCUAUUAGAUUAGGAGCUAGUCCUCGGAUUAUUAAUGUCUCUAAUGUAAUUAUAUCAGUGAGGGAAAGAUUUAAUCCACAUUAAUCUGUUGAUAAUAUUAUAAUUUCAAGUAUUUUUGAAAGAAUCUGCUGGAGGAGACACAAACCCAAGCUGGUGCACUCCCAGUGCCAGUCCCGAACACAGACACACUCCAUCCUGUUUCUUCAUCAGUUCAGUGAAUGAAUAUGAAUGAUUGUUCAUAUUUAACUCAGAAAAAUAAUAAAAGAGUUCAAAUUACUUAAUAGCUGAAGCAUUAUUGAAAGAUCUUCUCAGACAUAUUCUCUGCAAUAUCUUUUACUUCUCACUCACUUUUUCACGGGACAGUCGCUUGCGGAGGAAAGCAAAGCUUUCAAAUGGCUAGAUUGUGUGCACGUUGUCCUUGCCACGUGGAUGCAGAGCUUUGUAAAGCAGCUUUGGGGGUGAUGCUCCAACACCUUCAGCGAUUAAAAAAAGAGAAGAAGAAAAAAGCUACAAAUGCACAGGGAACGCUGUUAAUGACAUGAAUGGACACGACCCAGUGACUUAUGAAUGAACAUCAGCCUGGUCAUCUAUACACAUGUGCACAUAUAAGCACACAUUUAAACUGGCACAUGUUUAUAUGCGUCGCUGAUAUGGCCAGAUGGUGUAAUCCUCUACUUUCCCCUGGGUUUCAUAUUUUUUCCCCUCCUGUGUUGGGAUUAUGCUGUUGUCCAAUCGGAUUUCGCCCCACUCUCCAGCAAUGAUGUGAGAUGAAUGGCAGGCUGGUGGGUGGGUCAGGCAGGCAUGCAGUAGAUCCUGCACGUUGGGUUGCACGGAAUACCCAAGUGCUCCAUAUUGCGAAAACUGCCACAGCUUCCGUUUGCGAGGGUGCUCACUGACCAUCACUCUGCAGGCCAGUGCAUCCUGUGUAUGGUGGAUGUGGUGCCAGUGAAGAACGAGGAUGGCGUGGUGAUCAUGUUCAUCCUCAAUUUCGAGGUCAUGACAGACGAGUCUCUCCGAGACCACAAACAGGAGCUGAACCACCGCCUGCCCACCUGGCUCGUCACAGGUCGCCCACGAGGCUUCAAGCUGCGUCUCCCCCUGCUGCGCUCCCUGUCCAACAGCAAAGCUUCUCUGGACGACGCAGAGGCCGGACACAUCCCCACAGCAACGCCGGUGUCGCUACACCCAGAGGACCACCGUAGCCCCGAGUCCUUAGGUCUGGGGGAAUUUCUGCCCCUCCCCCCACUGCCACCAAAUCACCAGGAGAAGCUGAGUGGAAGCAGGUCAGCGCUACAGAGUUGGCCCGAAGACCGCCAGGAAGACCAACGCACCUUAUUGUGCUCUGAGCCUCCAGUAGCCGUUCCACCACAUCAAACUCACGGAGCCCACCUGGUGGGUCCCCUCACCCAUUCCACACCCUGCGUAGCACCCCACCACCGGCUCAGCCUCAACCCCGAAGGCUCGGCCUCCAACUGUUCUCUGUCGCACAGCCGCUCGCGAGAAAGCUUUCACAGCAUGCGUCGUGCCUCCUCCGUAGACGAGAUCGAGGCCAUGAGGCCGGAAUGGGAUCGGAAGAACCGGCGGCCAAGCAUCCGGCCGGCCAGCAGCAGCACUGGUGCAGUAAACAGCAAGUUGAACAUACUGAACUCCACGUCAGACUCUGACCUCAUGCGGUACCGCACCAUUUCCAAAAUCCCUCAGAUCACGCUCAAUUUUGUGGAUUUCAAACCGGACCCACUCAUUGCUCUGCCCUCAGGGGAGAUGGACAUCAUAGCACCCUGCAAACUCAUUGACCGGACACACAACGUCACAGAGAAGGUCACGCAGGUGCUGUCUCUGGGUGCAGAUGUGUUGCCGGAGUACAAGCUGCAGGCUCCUCGCAUCCACAAGUGGACGGUGUUGCACUACAGCCCCUUCAAGGCGGUGUGGGACUGGCUCAUCCUGCUGCUGGUCAUCUACACCGCCAUCCUGACUCCCUACUCAGCCGCAUUCCUCCUCAACGAUCACGAAGACCUAGGCAUGCAGGGUUGCAUUUACUCCUGCUCUCCUCUCAAUGUGGUGGACCUCAUAGUGGACAUCAUGUUUAUUAUUGACAUCCUCAUCAACUUCAGGACAACAUACGUAAACUCUAAUGACGAAGUGGUGAGCCACCCGGUGCGCAUAGCUGUCCACUAUUUCAAAGGCUGGUUCCUCAUCGACAUGGUGGCUGCUAUUCCCUUUGACCUGCUCAUCUACCGCAAUGGAGAGGAGACCACCACUCUGAUUGGUCUGCUGAAGACAGCUCGUCUCCUACGGUUGGUUCGUGUAGCCCGAAAACUGGAUCGCUACUCAGAGUACGGUGCGGCUGUCCUCUUUCUUCUCAUGUGCACCUUCGCCCUCAUCGCUCACUGGCUGGCCUGCAUCUGGUAUGCAAUCGGUAGCGUAGAGCGGAACGGUUCGAUCGGCUGGCUCCACACUCUGGGCGACCAGUUAGGGAAACACUUCAAUGGUUCCAUACCAGGUUCAGGACCUUCCAUCAAAGACAAGUAUGUGACAGCGCUGUACUUCACCUUCAGCAGUCUGACCAGCGUGGGAUUCGGAAACGUGUCCCCCAACACCAACUCUGAGAAGAUCUUCUCCAUCUGCGUCAUGCUCAUCGGAUCCCUCAUGUACGCCAGUAUCUUUGGGAAUGUCUCAGCCAUCAUCCAGCGGCUGUACUCCGGGACGGCCCGCUACCACACCCAGAUGCUGAGAGUCAGGGAGUUCAUCCGCUUCCACCAGAUCCCCAACCCACUCAGGCAGAGGUUGGAGGAGUACUUCCAGCAUGCCUGGUCCUACACCAAUGGCAUCGACAUGAACGCUGUGCUGAAAGGUUUCCCUGAGUGUCUCCAGGCUGAUAUCUGCCUCCAUCUUAACCGGACGUUGCUGCAGAACUGCAAGGCUUUUAAAGGCUCCACGAAGGGCUGCCUCAGAGCGCUGGCCAUGAAGUUCAAGACUACCCACGCACCCCCGGGUGAUACGCUGGUCCACGCUGGCGAUGUCCUGACCGCCCUCUACUUCAUAUCCAGAGGAUCCAUAGAGAUACUGAGAGGAGACGUGGUGGUAGCCAUCUUGGGGAAGAACGACAUCUUUGGCGAGCCCAUCAACCUGUAUCACCGACCCGGUAAAUCCAACGCUGAUGUGAGGGCUCUAACAUACUGCGACCUUCAUAAGAUUUUGAGAGAAGAUGUUCUGGAGGUGCUGGACAUGUAUCCUGAGUUUGCAGAUCACUUCUGGAACAACCUGGAAAUCACCUUCAACCUCAGAGACACUAACAUGAUCCCAGGUUCUCCCAGCAGCGACGACUCCAACUCCGGGGGGUUCAACAAAUUAAGGAGGCGUAAACUAUCAUUCAGAAGACGCACAGAAAAAGAUGAUGCAGAUGCUGGAGAAAUAAAAAAGUCCCAUAAGUCUGUGAGACGAAGACAGCGGGAGACGGCCCACAAUCAAAAACAGGAGGAGGCGUCUAAGAGGCCGUGGGGGGCACAUCGAAGCUCAGUGUCCUCACAUUCCAGUGGUGAUGAGGGGGAGGAGUCAGUAGUGACUGGUCUCGCCCCUCCGUCUGCAAUGCAAGAGAAUCCACACAAGCAAGUCCCGCCCUUUACCGAGAACACCGAGGGUGAUGGAGACCCCAAGCCUGGGAACACCUGCAAUGCCCUGUCAGGGGCAUUCUCAGGUGUGUCCAACAUCUUUAGUUUCUGGGGAGAGAGCCGGGGGAGUGGUCAGUACCAGGAGGUUCCCAGCUGCAGCCUUGCCUCCCCUCCACCCCUCAACACACCACUGCACAGCUUGAGCCGCCAGCAACGCAACCAGCUGGACACACGCCUGGACCUGCUGCAGAAACAGCUCAACAGGUUAGAGAGUCGCAUGUCAACGGACAUCGGCGUGAUCAUGCAGCUGCUGCAGAGGCAGAUGGCGCUGGUACCUCCAGCCUACAGCGCUGUUUCAUCACCACCUCAGGCCUCACCCUACCCAGGUCACGGUCCAGGACCCGGUCCGGGAGAUGGAGUGGUUUCUCCUGGUGCACCUCUUGAGACAGACACACUGGCCUCUCUGUCACAGAUCCUGCAUUCCCAGGACUUUGAGGAGUUCCCAGCUAAAGCUCUUGACUCUCUGCAGCCCCAGGACACGUCUCUGAUCAACACAAGCCAGAGCCAGCUCGCCCCUUCUGGACUGGACGGACUAGGCCAGCAUCUCGGACUAGGCGGUGGAGCUGGAGUCGUUUCAGUGGCAGGUUCAGGAUCAGGUCUAGGUUUAGAGUUAGGGAGUGGGGAGGGUGCAGUUUCUAGCUUAGGAGCAGGGCUAGAUUUUGGUUCAGGGGUAUGCAUGGGUGCUGGGACAGCUGCUGCAACAGGAGUCUCACCGCUGGAUCCUGAAACCCCACGGAGGCUAUCGCUCCAAGAACCACAGACACCCCUGGACUCACGGACACCACAGAGACACAGCUCCGACCCAGGGGGGAGCUAAAGAAGACACGGGGAUGAGGGGAAGGCGAGUGGGCUCAAGGCAGGGACACGGAGAAAAUGAGACUGCUGCAUUCAGCAACUCUUUAAGUUCCUUCUGGUUCCACCGCUCCACGUGGCACUUUGGAUUUCAGGAGACACCUACUGUACCUGCCACUUAGCCUUUUAGGGCACCCAGCUACUGUAUCUUCACUGUCAACCUCUCAAUAAGGACUCACUGCCCAGAGAACGUGAAGCCAGGCAGGGGGUUGAGGCCUUUCAUUAUCUCUUUCUGAAGUCCCACCCUCUUCUCGGGAAACAUUUGGAGCUUUCUGAGCCCCACAAUGGUACGACCUUUAACCAAAACCACACACUGAGUGAACAUCGUCUGGUCUGGACCUCUCAGUCGUCCUUCUUAGGAUGUCGCUUUUUUCAGACUUACAUAUAAACGACUGCUAACUUGUAGAAGAAUCCCUUUACUGCUGUAUCCAGUGUUGGAUGACUGACAAGUACCAUCGAAGACAACAUUGAACAGAAUGACGAAACAAGUAGCCAUUUACGUCUUGCACUGAAAAUCCUAUUGAUACGAUGAUUAUUCUAUUCUAUAUGUCCAUGGCGCUUCCGAUAAACUCUCAAACUGGUAAAUUGUAGUGUUAGCUGGCCUAACAGGAGUCCUGCUGUCUCGUCCUGUCAUUGGUUCCUUCCCCCUGAAGUCCUACACCCAAGAGGUGGAGCUGAUGUUCCACGCUUCCCAAGAGCACACUGGAUUGGCUGGUUUGCACCUCAGGGGUGGGAACUGGAGGGUAAAAAGCCAUGAAUUUUCUUGAUGAACAUAUCAGCUGCCCUGUCAUAAACAUUGUACAGAUUUGCUAGGGAGUGAAGAACAUUUGGCACGCUUUGGCAGCGUCACAAACAGGUAAACUGGCAAACUUACAAGUUUUCCACAAGAACAGUGCACCAAAAAAUAAAAAACACACAAAAAACAGCUUACUAAUUUCACGAGCUACGAGUUGUGACCUUACAGCAAAGUUGUGUUGGAUUAUUUUUGACACAAUGAAGUCAGCAGUGACUGGAUACUUGGAUGUGUAACGUCACAUCAAAGCUCAUGCAUAAAGGGAAAACAUGUCGAGUGAUUCUAGUUUAUCGUAGGUUGAAUUUGCUACCUCAGAUUUCAUUGGUUCCUUUUUCUCCUAAGCAUGCACCCAGAAAGCUUCUACUAUGUACAUAAGCGUUUGUCAUGUGAUCCGUAAUUACACAAGUUUGCCAGUUUACAACGACCAGCCGAAUGCGCCAUUAUUCUAUGUACAGUAUAAUAUGCAAACACUGGCAAGACGACAGGAGCGAGUGUGAUUUAAUCUUACUACGUGUGUGAUAAGUUCAGGUCCAAAGCUUUUUAUGUGUGCGUUCGUCCUUGUUUUUGUCUUUCUGUCUGCAGAGCCUGGUGAUUAGCACGUUUGCAUCCAUGCACUGUCAAGGGUCGUUGGUUUUUAAUUUCCAAGACAAGUUUUUGUCUAGAAAGAAAAAAAGAAGAUGUGAACACCUCCAUUAAACAGGCAAAUGACAGUUUAGUGUUUGAAUUGAUAGCACAAACCCUUUACAAUGUUGACAUCUACAGCUGCAGAGAACACAGGAAGGAGAAACUGCACCUGACAGUUAUUUUACAGCAUUAUUUCAAUUACCUCCUACUUUGGAGUCCCAACAUCUCAUCCUUGUCACAAACUUUUAAUGCAGAUUCUUGCAGAGGUAUGAAAAGGCUGUAAUUACUUCAUCACACCACUGCUUUAUCCAUGUGAUAAGUUUAGAAACAAACCAGUUUUGUUCUAGCUCAUUAGAAAUGUACUCUUUGGCAGUCCUUUGAUUCAGGAUUGACUCUGUUCAGGUACAUCAGGAGAUGUGUCUGGCUCCAUUUAACCUUACAUGCAGUGCAGUUAUCGACCAAGGGAAGAAGAUGCGUAGCUUCAAACUGUUGGCGCUGCCGCCCAUCUUAAAUAUCCAUCCACAGCACUUCAGGCUGCACUUCAUCAGUUCAAAGCAACAGUAAACAUGUUAUCAGUAACCAGUUGAAUGAAUAAUGCCAUUUCCUUCUGUUUAUAAGUGCUUCUUUCGCAUGAGCCAUACUGUAGACAGACACGUACAGAUGUGUUUUUAAAGUUUACCGACGCUCAUCAUGGACGUGAAUGUAAAGGCAAUACUGGGCUUUCAAAGGUUUCUUUGGACUACUCUUUCCCUGGCAUAGGAAUAGAGCUACAGAGCUGCAGCGCUGCGUGUGGACUCUAAAGCAGUUUUGAUUAACCCUAACCCCGUGCUGUAACCUAACGCAUCAGGUGACGCACACAACAGUGAUGUGAAUGUCAUCGAGGAUCGUGGUGUUCCCAGUCCCGAGGUCAGCUGGGACGUAGAACCACAAAAUAAAUCUGGUUGGAUAUUUGACAACUUUUCUAUGAAGAAUUAGUAGAGUCUAAAAUGGUAAAGCUAAGCUAAGCUAGCUAAGGUAAGCUAAAAUGGUUGCAUUCUUAAGCAUGGUCCAGUUUCCACUGGUUUGUGGGCAGGACUUUGGAAAAGUUUAUCUCACUUGCUUUAGUUUAUGUUUAGGUUACUACCCUGUUGAAACACCUGGUCACAUUCAAUUUUCAACUGAUGGUUUGAGGUGUUGUGGAAAAAAUGUGACACGGUCUGUUUCCUUCAUUGUAAUAUUCACGCUGUUCAAUGUUCAACUGAUGUUACCACCAUGCUCAACAGUUGGUGGUGUUCUUGGUGUUUCUCCAAGCAAGCCUCGGGUAAAUUUCGCCAAGUUUAAUGGUGAAGGGCUUCCUUCUUGGACAACAAUUUGUCAUUCUGCUUGCAAACUGGCUUAGUUACAGACAGUGACAGUGAUGUUCGAGCACGUUACAGUUUCCUCUUAGCUGAGCGUAGAAGUUUGAGUCCGACCUCAAGCAGAGCGCAGUUCUUUAGAAGUGACCCCAAGAGAUUCUCUGACUCUUCCUCAGAUGUACGCCGAGCUUCUUGAAAUCUCUCAUUGUACUGUGUUAGUCAGUCUGUUGCAUUUAUGGCUCAAAGGAAUGUCUACAAAAUGUACAUUUCCUACUCUUCACAAUGUUUGUUGUGCAGUCAUUGCAUCCCAGAAAAAGAACACGUCACAGAAAUGACUGAAAGCCCGAUACUGCCAAAUCAUUCAUAUCCAGAUGUGCAGAAGCACGUACAACUAGAACUGUAAGGGUCACGAGGAUGAGUCUGGGAUUCACCGUUAAUUACUGUAAAUGGCCUAAGGAGAAUGGCCUGAGCUUACAAACUGUGUGUCAAAAAGAGAACAUCUAUGAAGGAAUAAACAGCAACACUUUUCCUAACGUGAUAUAGAAGAUGACGCAUACACUCUAAAAGAUAUUACUGGUCAUAUGGAGUAAAGGUGGAGUCUGGAUCUUGUUCAAUCUGAUAUCCCUGUUGGUGUUCAUCCUGCUUUAUCAUUCAAUUCAAUUUGAUUCAUACAGCACCAAAUCGCAACAACAGUCGCCUCAAGGCGCUUAUAUUGUGAGGUCGACCCUACAAUAAUACAUACAGAGAA